AUGACUACAAGACGAGAGGGACACUUUCCUGCUGUCUCGAUAGGACGCGCCCAAGGCGCAUCUAUUGCCAGGAUUGGCUCUCGUGAUAAUCUCGCCACGCAUCCACUCCUCUCUUCUGGUUCAUCUACCCUUUCUCCCAGUCCCACACCGGAAACUCAGUCUUCCUCGACACCAAAGUAUGCCCCAUACACGCCAUCUAGACAGAGGUUACCUACAACUAGUACCGCGCCCAACCGCCAGUUUCAGUUUCUCCGCAGCACCAACUCACGGGCCGCAGCACAGGGCAUUGGUCUCGAUACUGCAUGCCUUGGAUGGGCUAUUUUAGAGAAACUAAGUCAAGAUGGGGAGACUGAAGAGUGGGCUGAAAUAUGGGGUGCUAUUACCAAGGGCAAGGCGUCUCUGCUGCUCCCACUUGAACAAUCCUCAGGACAGGAGAAGAUCACGCCUGAGUUCAUGUCAGAUCAUGUGCUCAUGUGCGAUCCUCAUCCAAAGAAAAUACUCAAGUGGUUACACUUUCUGGCUUGCGCGGACACUUAUUCAGGUUUCGAAAAUUUGACGUUUCGCUCCUCACUUCCGCCAACAAAGUUUCCCGACAUCACUCUCUCAUCUCUUCCUCCACUCCCUUCAAUCCCACCAGACUCUGGAUACCCCUCAUAUGCAGUCCCGGCACACAGCACCUCCCUCCCAAUUCAAGUUCGUCCACCAAAGCCACCCCUACCUCCGCGACCCACACCCGCUACCCAACCUUUGCGCCUCGCCAUGCCUUUCGCUUCUCUAUUCGGCGCCAAGCCCACGACCACACCCCCAUCAAUUGCUGCUUCCCUCCCACCCAUACAGACGCCAUUAGUACCUCCCCCAGAGGAUCACCCCAUUCUCAUUAGCGCAUUCAGCAUUUCUCGUGCGGUAUAUCGAUAUGAGGUGAUGCGAGACGUUCUUGCUGCGCUCAAAUCCGAGCUCACAUCGAGUCUUGAAACGGCUGGUGUCCCAGCAAUGAUCAUUGAGCGCGUACAAUCUUUUGCAUCCCCGUUACUUCCGUUUGUUAGAGGUCCUGCUGGGAAGAAGAAGCUCCACGAUAUCGGCGCAAGCCCAAGUAAACAUGGAACAUGGGCUGUCAAUCUCGAUGCAGGGAAAGAUCGCCCCGAAGAAUUGUCUAAGAAAUUCCAGGAGUUUUAUCUGGAAUUAGAGGGAGAAGUACGGAUUGAAAUCGAGAAAGAGAAAGGCGAAGCAUCAGGAGAAGAACAAGAGUCCAGGGUUAAGGAUCUCGUUGAGGUGGUGGAGGGGACUCUAUCUACCUUGUUUUAUGAUCGAUUAUUCCUUCCAUCUUACUCCGACGAUGCUUCGCAUGACGAAGCACUAUCGAGCCACAUCGCAGCUCUCAACCUUCUUGAUCUAGGGCUCGAGCAUCUUGAUGUUGACAUUGGCGGCGCUGGGUCCGAGAUCGACAUCGUAGUCAGAGCGUGUGGAGAGACGUUAUCUCAGCUAGACGUUGCCUGUAGAUCUCCCAGUGAGAAGGCAGCUGUGCUAGUCGCAGCGCACAAGCUCACAGUAGAUGGUCUUUCCCGCCUUCCUCCAAUUAAACUCAGCAAUGGCGAAAAACAGCUCGAGGAACCCGAGCCGCCGCAGCGAAAAGCAAGCCCACCCCCGGGACCGAUCGAAGUUGUGGAUAUCCCGCUCGUUGCUUCUCCCGACGUGUUAUUCUCACCCAAUCCACAAUCCGAUGGGGAUGCAGCUCACGGGUCACCCGAGAAGUUGUCUCUCUUGCCAAGUGUCUCAUCCCCACAGGCACCAUCUUCGACGACAGAAUCCUCCAUCCCCAUCCCACCCCACGCUUCCUCGCCCAGACUGACCAUGUCUCAUGCCCAACAGCCGACAGCAGUAUCAGGCGAUGUCCUCCUCCCACUUCUUAUAUUUGCUGUUGUCAAAUCAAACCCCGCACGCCUGGUCUCGCACCUUUUGUUCACCCAGCGUUACCGCAAUGCUGCAUUCGCUGGUGGAGAGGAGCGGUACUGUUUGAUUAAUUUGAUGGCUGUCGUGGAGUUUUUGGAGAAUGUGGAUCUUGGUGCUGUGGGUGUUGGGGAAGGUGUUGGUAUUGUUAGCACCGCAGACCUCACCCCAAUCCCAAUCGUGCGCACUACGCUUCCACCAGACACGCCACCAGACGCGCCUGGCAGCCUCCGCGGACGCGUUGAACAAGGCGUUGACGCCAUCGCAGGGUCCGCUAAUAAAGUCAUCUCCGGCGUCGUCGACAGCUCAUUCGGUGUACUCCGCUCUUUCUUACCAUCCGCCCCCACCUCAAUAUCUGCUCCGACUUUAGCGCCUACCCUGACCUCGACAUUCACGUCUGCUCCCACCACAGAGACCAGUGAUGCACGGUGGAACAUGGGGCUAUUGAGGCGAGAGAGCGGGUUCUCAAUUGCGAGUUUGGUGCCGGGGAGGAAGGGAGAUGGGAAGGGGGAGGAUGGGCAGAGAGAGCUCGUGGAGGUGUCGUCGCGCCCGGGUUCUAUAAGCUCGAUUUAUAUGAAUGAAGAUGUGGGGGUGGGAGGGACGGAGGACGAGAGUGAAGAGAGCGAUGAGGAAGAGGAAGACGGCGAGGACGAGGAAGAAGAAGAAAGUGAGGAAGAAGAACACGCCCACGAUGCAAGAAGUAUUCGAAGCUUCGAGAGCAUGAUGAGUGGGAACAGCGGGAGAGCACGAAAAAAGAAGAAGCUUGCUGCGCUGAGCAGGAGGAGCUUAACGGAUCGGCUGGCGCAGGUGCCAGGGCUUUCGAGGCUGUCAGGAACGGAUACACACAAGACGGUAUCACCCCCUAUUACACGCUCCUCACUGCUACUCCCCUCGCACCACAACCGCAUCGACUCACCGACAUCAUCGCGCGUGGCUUCUCCCAUUUCGAUACGGCUUCCGGCGCCUAACAAGCGGUUUAUGGAGUGCACGGAGGAUGAUCUGAGAGUGUCGGAGGUGGGGGAGUUGUUGAGGGAAUAUAGACAGUUGGUAGAGGGUGUGCGGGCUAUGGGUGCGUUUGAUGAGUGA